CCUCACUUAAACAUGACGGUUUGCGGCCUCCUAAAGAACUCUCAGGAGCCAGUGCCUUUGCAAAGCAUCUCCGUGGAUGUGGUGGUCCAGGGCUUUGUGGCCGACGUGGUGUCUGAGCUCCAGUACAAGAAUGAAGAGAAGAACCCGGUGGAGGUUACCUUUGUUUUCCCUCUGGACGACGAAGCUGCCGUCUAUGCUUUCGAGGGCCUGAUUGGUGGGGCACGGAUUGAGGCUCAGAUCCGAGAGAAGAAAAAGGCACAGGAGGAAUACGAGGAUGCCCUAAGUGAGGGACGGCAAGCCUUCCUGCUAGAGAGGGAGACGGACACCAAUGACAUUUUCACCUGCAGCCUGGGUAACCUUCCUCCCGGCGGGGAGGCCACGCUGAAGCUCCGCUACGUCCAGGCGUUGGCUCCGGAGCCUGACGGGGCUGUCCGCUUCGUCCUGCCUGCUGUGCUGAACCCCCGCUACGUACCCCGGGGGUCAGAAGGGGACACGGUCACCAAGCAUAUACCGCGAGUGCCCAAGGGAAAGCUCCCCUACACGCUCAGCCUCAGCGCCACACUGGAGUCCUCCCACCGCAUCAACCGGGUGGAAUCAAAAUGCAAUCUGGAGCCCCUUCACUAUACAGCGGAAGACCAUACUGCUGCCCAGGUCUCCUUGGCUGAAGGGCACCAAUUUGACCGGGAUGUGGAGCUGCUGAUUCAUUAUGAGGAAGUUCACAAGCCCAUCGCGGUCUUUGAGGCUGGGAAGCCUGGAGCUGCAUCAGGCUCCCUGAUGGGGGACCCAGCCCUCCUGGUUACUCUGUACCCCAGCUUACGCAGUGCCCCCAAGCCGGGCCUGAGUGCCGCUGGGGAGUUCCUCUUCCUGCUGGAUCGCUCGGGCAGCAUGGAUACCAGCACUGAUUACAACGUUCCUGAUGCGCCACAGCGCAUUCAGAGCGCCAAGGAGACCUUGAUUCUCCUGCUGAAGAGCCUCCCUCUGGGAUGCUUCUUCAACAUCUACGGCUUUGGAUCAACCUACGACUCGUUUUACCCGCAGAGUGUAGAGUACACCCAGCAAACCAUGUCAGACUCUCUGCAGCGCGUGAAGGCCCUAGAUGCUGACUUGGGGGGCACAGAGAUUCUGCAACCCCUGAAGGCCAUUUACAGCCAGCCAUGCCGAGAAGGACAUCCUCGUCAGCUCUUUGUGUUUACAGAUGGAGAGGUAUCGAACACAGGUGAAGUCAUUGCAGAAGUUCAGCGUCACAGCAGCUCCCACAGGUGCUUCUCCUUCGGCAUCGGGGAAGGGGCCUCCACCGCCCUCAUCAAAGGUGUCGCUCGAGCAGCUGGAGGCAGUGCUGAAUUCAUCACCGGCAAGGAACGGAUGCAGGCCAAGGCCCUGCAAUCGUUGAAGAAGGCCCUGCAGCCAGCAGUAACAAAGAUCUCUCUGAGUUGGGACUUACCUUCCGGUUUUGAAGCAGUGCUAGUGGGGUCUGGCCCCCAGGUCAUCUUCGAAGGGCAGCGCAGCCUCAUCUUUGCCCGGAUAUGUGGGCAGCAUCAGUCCUCAAGUGCCUCGGAGGGGUCCGUUGCACUGCAGUAUGACUUCCAAGACCAGACUUUCACGGACAUGGUGAAGUUCCCUCUCCAAGCUCAGGAGAGUAACAGGCUCCCUGUUCAUCGGCUGGCGGCCCGCACCCUGCUGCAGGAUCUGGAGGGUACCGGAGAGAAGGAGGAAGAAAAGCGGCGCCUGGCUCUGGAGACGAGCCUGAGCUCCGGGGUGGUGUGUUCCCAGACGGCCUACGUGGGGGUGAACACUGAGCUGGGCCAGACAGUGCAGGGGCCCCUCGUCCACCGAGAUGUCCCACAUGCAUGCAGAAACAUUGGGGGACGGACAGCCGGGAGCCGAGAGACACCCGACAAACAUGCCACUGCCAAGGAAAGAAGGACGGGCCCCGUCCUGCAAGGAAGCAGACGAGGGCAGGAAGACGGACUAGUCGGCAGCCGCUGCGCCGCACGAAUCAGGCGUGUCCCCGCUUCCCAGCUGAGAGUCGGGCAGGCCCGCCCAGAAAUAAUCGAUGAUUCACUCCAGGGUGAUUUUUCAGACCCAGGGACGCUUGGAGGACCCUGGAGAAGGUCGGGAGCAUCGCCUCUGCCGGUGGCCGGCAGGUCCCCAGCCCGCAGCGAAUGGCCGGACGAAGAAGAGCCCACCCCCAAGAAAGAGGAACCCCCUCUCUUGAGGCUGGUCUCCCUGCAGAAUGCGGAUGGCUCCUGGGUCCUCGAUGCCAGCCUGGCCAGUUUGCUGGGCCUGAGUGAGGCUGAGGUUAUGAGCAAAACACCCAAACAGGUGCCUCCCAACGUGUGGGCAACUGUGCUGGCCGUCUUGUGGCUCCACUCCCGAGCUGUGGAGCAGAGGGAGGAAUGGGAGCUCCUGGAAGCGAAAGCCCUCAACUGGCUUCAAGCAACUGCAGGGUCUCAGCUAGCAGACUGUGUGAAGACCGGCAAUGCAGUGCUGGGCAGCAGCGUGAGCCCCCAGGCUUUCGGUCUCUGA